CAAAUAAUCAAAUAAUUCACACGCUGGCCAAUAGAUUGAGGACAUCAGAACGCUUUACUCCAAAAGAGUGCUGGGGUCCGUGUGUUUGAUUCCAGUUGCUAGAAAGAACAUUUGCAUAGAGGUGAGAUGUCUGAUCUGUGGCAGGAAGCCAUGGACCACGCUGUGGCUCUGGCCAGGAAAGCAGGAGAGAUUGUGAGGGACGCUGUGCAGAAUGAUAUGAAGAUCAUGUGUAAGAGCUCCUCUGUGGAUCUGGUGACUAAAACUGAUCAGAAAGUGGAGCAGCUCAUUAUUUCCUCAGUGAAGGAGAAAUUCCCCACACAUGGUUUUAUAGGUGAAGAGUCAGUGGCUGCUGGAGAGCCCUGCAUUCUGUCUGAAAACCCGACCUGGAUCGUGGACCCGGUGGACGGCACCACCAACUUUGUACAUGGAUACCCAUUCGUUGCUAUAUGUAUUGGCUUUGCUGUCAAUAAAACGCUGGAGUUUGGAGUGGUGUACAGCUGUAUGGAGGAUAAGAUGUACACGGCGCGUAAGGGGAAGGGGGCGUUUUGUAACGGGGAGCCUCUCCAGGUAUCGGACCAGAAAGAGAUCAACCAGUCAAUUAUCGCCACAGAGUUCGGCUCAAACAGAGAUCCUGAAGUGGUCGACAAGAUCUUCUCCAACAUGAGGAAGAUACUUUGCCUGCCAGUGCAUGGGAUGCGUGGUGUGGGUUCGGCAGCACUGAACAUGUGUUUGGUGGCCGCUGGUUGUGUGGAGGCGUAUUACGAAAUUGGGAUCCACUGCUGGGACAUCGCGGCGGCCGCCGUCAUAGUGGAAGAGGCGGGUGGAGUUCUCCUGGAUCUAGCAGGCGGGCCGAUGGAUCUGAUGUCCAGACGAAUCGUUGCAGCGAAUAACGACGUGAUUGCAGAGAGAGUCGUCAAAGAAGUGGAGGCAUUUCCUGCCGUCCGGGACGAUGCUCCUUUACAGACUUAAUGAAGAUACCGGGUUUAUCUCUCAAUAUUCUGUUUAUUUUAAUAGAAUUGUGUAUAUUAUAAAGCGAAAAUUGAAGAAAAUUGAAUUGUUGUUUAAAUGGAAUACUUGUGCAAAAGUUAUUAUUCAUGCCACUGAUUCUUUCCUACCUCCCAAAUUAUGUUGAUCAGCUAUGGCAUGUUGGUGGUUUUAGGUUUUAGUUCUGAACAAUCGCUUGUACAGAUGAACGUGGAACCUGAAUUUGGCUCCGAGUGAUGUUAAUGACUCGCUCUGAUGGGUGCACCUAAACUACCAGAAUAUGGGCACUGAGAAGUCACCAUUAUAGUCAAGCCUUCAUUUCAUUUUCAUCAACCGCUGGUCAGGGACAUGGUGGGUCCAGUUGUACCACCAGUCUCAGCCAGUCUAUUGCUGGGCCACACCACUCAUCCUUAUACCCAAUCAUGCCCGUGUGAUCGCCUGGCCAGCCGAUAGACCGCUGUGCCAUCCAGGCACCAAUAAGCAGCAUUAGCAAGUAAACUUAGGAGGCCACUGAGUUCUAUCACGGUUCUGUUUUAGACUCUAAGAUCAAAUUUGUGCUUUUUUCUCUUUAUUUUCAGAAUAAACAUAUUUCUUUUGUAA